AUGCAGAAGAUUCCAUAUGCAUCAGUAGUUGGAAGUCUUAUGUAUGCUCAAGUAUGUACGCGUCCGGAUAUUUCGUACAUUGUUGGGAUGUUAGGAAGAUAUUUAAGCAACCCUGGUAUGGAACAUUGGAGAGCAGCCAAAAAGGUUUUAAGGUAUCUUCAGAGAACAAAAGAUUACAUGCUCACGUAUAGAAAAUCAGAUAAUUUGGAGGUCGUAGGAUAUUCGGAUUCUGAUUUUGCUGGAUGCCAAGAUAGUCAUAAAUCAACAUCAGGCUAUGUUUAUCUAUUGGCUGGAGAAGCUAUAUCUUGGAAAAGUGUCAAACAGACACUAGUAGCUUCUUCAACCAUGGAGGCAGAGUUUGUAGCAUGCUAUGAGGCAUCAAACCAUGGAAUAUGGUUGCGAAAUUUUGUCACUGGGCUGCGCGUUUUGGAGAAUGUUGAAAGACCACUCAAGCUAUUCUGUGACAAUAAAUCAGCAGUACUGUAUUCCAACAACAACAAGAGCUCGUCAAAGUCAAAACACAUCGACAUAAAGUUCCUUGUUGUUAAAGAAAGAGUGCAAAAUAAACAAAUAUCUAUAGAGCAUAUUGGGACAAACUCCAUGAUUGCGGAUCCGUUCACAAAAGGCUUACCACCCAAGGUCUUUCAUGAGCAUGUUGCUCGUAUGGGUGUUGUAUCAUUUGAUGAUAUUAUGGUUUAG